CAGUGACAGCAGCAGGAGCUCCGCUUACGCACGGAGAGCAACCAGAUCAGGCUCCGCUGUUACUUCUGUUUCUCACAUCCACAGAGGAAUCUCCCACAUCACAGACGCAGCUAUGGAUGAAAUGGAGGAAGAGUUAAAAUGCCCAGUUUGCGGCUCAUUUUACAGGGAGCCCAUCAUACUACCGUGCUCCCAUAACAUUUGCCUGGCGUGUGCGCGGAAUAUUCUUGUGCAGACCCCCGAGGCAGAGUCUCCACAGAGCAGCCGAGCCUCUGGAUCCGGCGUCUCAGAUUAUGAUUAUCUGGAUUUGGAUAAAAUGAGUUUGUACAGCGAGGCAGACAGUGGCUACGGUUCCUACGGGGGUUUCGUCAGCGCUCCAACCACCCCCUGCCAAAAAUCCCCUAACGGGGUCCGUGUUUUCCCCCCGACUGUUCCUCAGCCUCCACCGCAGCAGCACCUUCUACCGCAUCCCGGCUGCUUACCGCCGAUCCCGCGCAACUCCUGCAUCACUUGUCCGCAAUGUCACCGCAGCCUCAUCCUGGACGACCGGGGACUCCGCGGAUUCCCCAAGAACCGGGUGCUGGAGGGGGUGGUGGACAGGUACCAGCAGAGCAAAGCGGCCGCUCUUAAAUGUCAACUCUGCGAGAAGAGUCCAAAGGAGGCCACUGUCAUGUGCGAGCAGUGCGACGUCUUCUACUGCGACCCGUGCCGCCUGCGCUGCCAUCCACCCCGCGGUCCCCUCGCUAAGCACCGCCUGGUGCCGCCAGCGCAGGGGCGGAUAAGCCGCCGCGCAAGUCCCCGCAAAAUCUCCACUUGCACAGAACACGAACUGGAAAAUCUCAGCAUGUACUGCGUGCAGUGCAAGACGCCUGUGUGCUAUCAGUGUUUGGAGGAGGGGAAACACGGCACGCAUGAAGUCAAAGCUUUGGGUGCAAUGUGGAAACUGCACAAGGGUCAGCUGUCCCAAGCUCUAAACGGACUGUCAGACCGAGCCACUGAGGCCAAGGAGUUCUUGGUCCAGCUGAGAAACAUGGUGCAGCACAUCCAGGAAAAUGGCGUGGAGUUUGAAGCUUGCUUGGUGGCGCAGUGUGACGCCCUUAUAGAUGCCCUGAAUCGACGCAAGGCCCAGCUGCUGGCUCAAGUAAACAAGGAGCACGAGCACAAGCUGAAGGUGGUUCGGGAUCAGAUCUCCCACUGCACGGUGAAGCUGCGCCAGACCACGGGACUGAUGGAGUACUGUCUGGAGGUCAUCAAGGAAAAUGACCCCAGUGGUUUCCUGCAGAUCUCUGACGCUUUGAUCAGGAGGGUCCACAUGACAGAGGGUCAGUGGGGGAAGGGGACCCUCACCCCAAGGAUGACCAGCGACUUUGACCUUACUUUGGACUCAGGACCCCUCCUGCAGACGAUCCACCAGCUGGACUUUGUACAGAUGAAAGUCCCAGCUGCUCCUAUGCUCCAGCUAGAGGAAUGCUGCACUCAGAACAACAGCGCCACGUUGUCAUGGAAACAGCCACCACUCUCCACCAUCGUUGUGGAAGGAUAUAUCUUGGAGCUGGACGAUGGAAACGGGGGACCUUUCAGGGAGGUGUACGUGGGGACGGAGACCAUCUGCACAGUGGACGGGCUCCACUUCAACAGCACUUACAAGUCCAGAGUGAAGGCUUUCAAUGCCAGCGGAGUGGGCCAGUACAGCAAGACACUGAUCAUGCAGACCUCUGAGACUGGACUCCCUCCAUGUGAUAUUCAAUCUAUAGGCACAGUUGCUUGGUUCACCUUCGACCCAGCGUCUGCUCACCCCGACAUCGUCUUCUCCAACGACAACUUGACUGUGUCGUGCAACAGCUAUGAUGACCGGGUGGUCAUGGGUAACUCUGCCUUCUCCCGUGGCGUUCAUUACUGGGAAAUGACAGUCGAUCGCUAUGACAACCACCCAGACCCAGCAUUUGGACUCGCUCGGGGUGACGUCCUGAAGGAUGUAAUGCUGGGGAAGGACGACAAGGCCUGGGCUAUGUAUGUGGACAACAAUCGCUCCUGGUUCAUGCACAACAACUCUCACACCAACAGGACGGAUGGUGGCAUUGCUAAAGGAACCACAAUUGGAGUGCUGUUGGACUUCACACGUGGGAUUCUUAUCUUCCUCAUCAAUGAUGAGCAGCAGGGUCCAGUUGCCUUCGAAGGCUUAGAGGGCACCUAUUACCCUGCUAUCAGCCUCAAUCGAAAUGUCCAGGUCACUCUGCACACCGGUCUACCCAUCCCUGAUUUUUACACCCCUGGAGAAGCAGAUCCAAACAGUUCUGUGUGUUAAAGACUCACCCCUGCAUAAAUCAAGGGAAGAUCUCGAGGAUUGCCCACCUCUCAUCCUGCCAGUCAAUAACUCCCCACAAUCACCCUCUGGCUGUCCCAUGAUCAAAUUACCCCAUGAGGGAGGCACCAUCUAGUCCUGAGCCAUGACUUUUCAUAGCCAACUUUGGACACAUGGUCAUGGACCAUAUUCCAAAACACUGUCUACACAGGCAGUGUUUUGCUACCUACAACUUGUAUUUUAAUGUGAUAUAGAAAGAUGAAAUCUGGCUGGAAAGCUGAAUAGUACAGAAUUAAAAGAAUAGCUUGACAUUUUAGAAAAUAUGCUCAUCUACAUUUGAGUUGAGAGUUGAAAGAGAAAACCAGGCCACUCUAAUGUCUACAUAUGCCAAAAAUUCUCUGUUAAUUUAGCUUUAAAAUAAGACUAUACAUUUAGUGGAUAGACUUGAAAGACGUGUCUCUCCUCUAACUCACCACAAGAUGGUUAAUGUUUCCCAGAAUGUCAAAACUCUUCUUUUGUAGAAAGUUUUGCAAAUGAGCUCAUUGGAAAAAGGAGUAACUGUCUUACCAUUUUCCUACAGUUCAGUAAAUCCUUAUGCCUGUCCCUCAUUUUCAGAUUCCCAUCAUAAAGAUCUUCAAACCUUAAAGCCCGAUUCUCAUCAGGGAGGGAUGAGAAUGGUCUUUUGUGGCCAUUUGUGUGAAAUGUGAUGUGUGGUGGGUUGGGACUAUUUAACGGCUGCAGUGACCCCAGGACCAGAGCAAUAGUCCGACUGUCACAUCCUCGUCCAUGUAAAUGAGAAGCUUUUCUUCGUGGCUUAGCUCAAGUGAAAUCUGUGUGUCGUUUUUAAAAAUUACAACGUUGCCAUAUACAAUGCUACCAGAAGCGAGGCCUUCAUGCAGCCUUUCUCUGCAAUGCAGCUCUUAAAACUGGUGGGAGGGAUUUUGAUUUAAUAUGUCUGUAUGAGAAGCAAUUGAAAAUGAGUUGUGACUGUGAAGAUGUUUGAAUAAGGUGCUACAAAAGCUUGCAUAGUUUGGGCUUUUUUUUUUUUUUUUUUUUUUUUUUACUGUAGGUGACUGAAUUCUGGUAGUUUUGUAAUAUUGUUAUUGAAAAGAUUUAUUGCGAAGAAGUGUAUAGUAAAAUAAGUUAUUGAUGUUAAGAGUUUUUCCAAUAAGAGUUCAUCCUUGUUCCUUUUUCUGAUGUAUAGUUAUUACAGAAGAAUAACAUUUUUUGUUGCUUUAAAUUUGUAGUUUCGAGUUGAAUGAUCAGGCUAAAGAGGCUUUUCAGUUUUAUUUUUUACUAAAUUAACACAAGAGGAGAAAAGACACUGGAAUGUUUUUAGGCAUCACAUUUGGAUAACGGCCUCCUCGUCUGACAAGAUGAGACAAUUUUUUUUAAACUAAGCCAUGCUGAUUGUUCACACUAACACGGCAACAUGACACAAUGCUAACAUGCUAAUAGCUUACUAUAAGUUAUUAACAUGGCAACAAGACACAAUGCUAACGUGCUAAUAGCUUACUAGCAUGUUAAGUCCCUCUAAAAAUUGACAGUUUCUAUACAGCUUACAUAAAACAAAAGUGACUAAGUGCUAAAUUAGCAUGCUAACAUUAGCUAAUUAGCAUUAAACACACAGCACAGCAGGGAAUAGCAGGUGUGUGUUGGCAAAACGGAUAUGAUGCUAGUGCUAAAUCAAAAAGAAUUCAGCUUUGCAUAGGGCCAAUUCAUGACAAAGUCAUCUCAAGGCACUUUUAUACAGAAGAUGUAGAUACAGUCAUCAGUCUAACUUUUACAAAUUAUGUCCAUAUAAACCCAAUUAUUUUUUAAUGCCUAGCUAAGGGAAUUAAGUGAAAGUUCACUGAAUAUACAUCAGCCCAUGGCAAGACUAAAUUAGAUCUAGCCUAUCACACCACUUCCCUGAAUGUGUACUUGGCUGCUGCUAGACUAAAGUCAUGGAAACAGGCCACAGUUAUAAUUCUUUACAAUAUCAAAACUACUAAUCAACAGCACAGUAUUUUGUGGCACUGGGGAAUAACUCCAUUUGCUAUUAAUCUGUUUAUCCACCAAGCAGUAAAAAGUUAAACACUUUUAUUUCUCAAGUUUUUUCUAAAACAAUGUUUUCAUAAUCAUGUAAAAAAAAUUGAAAGAUUUUUAAUUUGUUAUCUCAGGAAGAGCCUUUUUAUAUCUAAAUGCAGCAUAAGUCAUCUUUGGCAUGUAAUAUGUUGCAGCAUGGUUUUUUUUACAAUGUCCAAGAAUGGAAAAGCAAGUACUGGCCCUAGAAAAAACCUUUCACCUUUUUUUUAAACAAAUGUAUUUUUAGUGGUCACUGUUAAAAAUAUUCCAAGCAUGUUUCUCCUGAAUGCUUGGAAUGACAGAAUGAAGCUGGGAAGUAUUCAGUUUGCAGCAAUCUGAAACUUCACCUUUAGUCCUUCUCUCUGCCCUUUUUAGCACUGAAGAAACAAACAAUACACAUGUAUUUAAAGGGAACUGGAUCCUAAAUGUUAAAUUUAAUCUUACUUUUUGAAACAUUCAACAGACAACACAUUUGGUAUUCAACCCACCAAUUCUGUUCCCAAUUAUAGGUUAGUUUGUUUUAAUUAUUUUCUCCAGUUCAUACCAAACCAGCUAGAUGUGGUCAAACUCUGGACACCAUCCAAAUUCCUACCAACAGCACUUUUCUCCCAAUAUUCUGGGUCAUUAGAGGAUGAAUCAUUGAUAAAAACAGUAUCAUACUUUCUCACCCACUGACACCAACACAGCACCACUUUAUAAAGCACAGUAUUCUCCUUGUCUUUGAACAGACAAAGGGUAAAGAGGUUUUAUAGGUAGUUGCAUUAACUUUCAAGGCAUACUUCAUUUUCAGUGCUUCAGGAACCUUUUUUUUUAUCCCUGAGAAAGUCCUAUUUUAUUCAAAAUUGACAUAAGGUUUCAGUUUCUAUCCAACCAGUCACUUUUUUUCUUUUUGUACCCGACAGCAACGGAAGUCAAAACGCUGAAUGGUCAGUUUGAGGGAGAUGCUGCUUGAAAGGUUUCCUGAAGCAUCGUAGCCCUGAGACAUACAGUACAUGUCUAGCAUACUCAUAAGGUGCUAUCCUAUGUUUGAGCUUCAUGGGUGUGCCUUUACCCCUCCUUAGUACUCAAAAGAUUUAUGACACUUUGCUAAAAAAUAAAUAAAUAAAUAAAAAAAUAGAUUCACUGCUUCAGCAGAGUCAAUUGUAACAUCUGUGAUGACUUCACCUGUUGCUACAUGCUUUUUUUCUAGCGUUAAAGGGCAGAUUUUAACAUCAGUCAAGUUGCUAUGGAUGUACUGUAACAAUCACAAUGUUAAUGAAUAUUAGAAUAUUACAGGUAUUUUUAUUUUCCUAGUAUCCUGGUAUUACAGGGAUUAUAAAUAUAUGGCACCGCUCAGUUUGCCUCAUAGUAAAUAUAAUUUUCAGUGUACAAGCAGUAAAAAAGAAACAACUAAACUUCUGUAGCAUUGCUACAUGGCCUUUGCUGCAAGGCCAUGUUCAGUCUUUGCAACAUUUAACAGGCUGUUUUUCAAGGCAAACAUUUUGUUCAGCUAUAACUAUAAUUUUUAAAAACAGCCUAUUUAGCGGUGAGUCGCUGAGCAGUGAGAGCCUCCUCUGACCCAUGCACAGGCACAACGUGCAACCAUUAUCAAAGCAUUGGGCAACGUCAGAUUCCAGGAUGAAUAAAAAACAUGGAUUUAUUCAGAAACACUUUUAUAUGUUCUGUUUGAGAUGACACACACCUCUAUUAGUUUUCAACAAAUAUUCUUUAGAAGUUUUUGAACUAAAAUAAUCUGAAUGUGUGUCUUUGAACAGACUAAAAGGGGGUGCUGACAUUAAAAAGUGUGAUUUUUUUUAAGAGUCAAAUAUUCUUUAACUAUGUUAAAACAAACCAGGUGAUUUAGGUUCAUAAGUACAGCUUCAUUUAACUUUUCCAUAUUAUUGAAAAUUCACACCCUGUCGCUGGGCGACUUUUGGUGUUAUAUCUCCAAAUGUGUUCUGCGUGCGUGUGUGUGUGUUACCUCCCAAAUAACCUCCUUUAAACUCCAAAGUUAUUCAUUUUGUCCUGUUUGAUCUAACAUGGAUUACCAUUGCUUUUUUCUUUUCAGUGAACCUGAAAUAUAUCUGAGAAUUUUAUGAAUAUGAGGCUAACAUUGUUCUUAAAAGGAUUUUAACACACUAUGAUUACUGACUGUCACAACUUUAUGUCUAUUAUUACCAUAUUACUGCUAUUAUUAUGAUGAUUUGAAGUAUUUAAUUAGCCUCUGUGUUUCCUGUAUGUGUGAAUAUUCAAUAAAUAGGUGUCAACAAGG